AUGACUCCACCCACCUCCAACUCUUCAAUGGUAGACUCGCUUUCACUGUGGGUAGCUGAAUCGUUAUCUUCGGACAUGAGGAACAACUACAGUACAAGUGUAGGUAAAGGCCGUGCGAAAUUAGCUUGUGGAUUUUAUCAAGAGCGGUGGUGCAUUGAUGCGCUUCAGAAGGUGGUUCUGAUAAACGAGAUACUUUGUGGCAUGUCAUUUAUCCACCUGGAGCCAGAUAGCGAUUCCAGCACAACGUCCGCGGACUCUAACACGCUUCUGCAACACGUAGACAAAACCUCUGUUCCAUUGGACACUUCUAUAGUAGUCAAACGGCUUCCUGAAGUCGAGCAGCGUCAAUGGCACAAAACUAUAAAACCAUUGCCAGCAACCAAAAUCACCAUUCGACUAGUUCCGAUUGGUUCCACGAGAGCCAUUACCCCAAAAGUCUUACAGGUUUCUUCAGACCAGACGGUAGCGGUGUUAAUGCGGUUUAUAGCAAAGAAACUUCGAAUAUCAACUGACUCCGUUUACAUGUAUAUUCAUAAUACGUUCCAACCAACGCCCGAUGAGCGACUAGGAGACUUGUAUGAUCAAUUUCGAACCAAUCAGGAACUUAUUUUUAAUUAUUGUAAUACGGUAGCAUUUGGCUAA